AUGAAGUUGGAAACUAUAAUCCUCUCACCAUCUUCAUAUAUGUCAAAUCCGUCGCGUUGGAUGAUGGAAGAUAGUAUAAAGAGCAUAAUUUGGACUCAUGUUGAGAACAAAUUAUUUGAGAAUGCUCUUGCCAAGUUUGAUAAAGAUACCCUUGAUCGGUGGCAGCGAGUGGCGGAGAUGGUUCCGGGGAAGACGGUGGCGGAUGUUAUGCGGCAGUAUAAGGAGUUGGAGGAUGAUGUUAGUAGUAUCGAAGCAGGGUUUUAUCCAAAAUACGGGUAUAACUGUAGCACUUCUCCUUUCACUUUAGAAUGGGGAAACAGUAAUCGGGUUGAUGGGUUUCUCUCACCGCCGCCAUACGGUGUCCGAGGGAAGAGAUCCUCUGUCGCCGCCGUGGCUGUGGUGGCCGCUGGUUGGCCUCUAGAACAAGAAAGGAAAGAGGCUGUUCCUUGGACAGAAGAAGAGCAUAAGUUGUUUCUAUUGGGCCUAAAGAAGUACGGAAAAGGAGACUGGAGAAAUAUUUCUCGAAAUUUCGUGGUGACAAGAACACCUACUCAAGUCGCUAGCCAUGCUCAAAAGUACUUUAUCCGGCAACUUUCCGGCGGGAAAGAUAAGAGAAGAGCAAGUAUUCAUGAUAUAACAACUGUAAAUCUUAAUGAAAACCACAUCACUUCGCCGGAGUACAAAACAACAACUUCACCGAAGCAAUGCAAAGUCCCAUGGAAUCAACCAAACAACGAAAACACCACCAUGGCUUUCAACCAAACACAUAGGACUCUCUUCAUGUCUCCAAGAUAUGGUGGGAACUCGUUUGGUGCUUUUGGUGGUGGUGGUGGUGGUGGCGGCGGCGGCGGUCUACAUGAAUCUUAUGGUGCACCUCAAAACAUGGUUUUCCAGAUGCAACCUGCGAUGCACUACCCUCAUGGAUGA